AAGUGUUUCCGCCACAUCAUGUGACCCAACCACACUCCAUUUCUUUUUUUGACUCAUCUCAUGACGAUGAUGCUACAUCCAUUGAUGAUAUAAUUUGUACAUACCGAUAGAUUUUGCCUAAUGCAUCUUCCGCGUCGGAAGAUUCUGUACAUUUUUUGUCUUUUCUGCUAAACCGUCUUGUUCCUCCUAGUUUUACAUUCUAUUUGUCCCGUAUCCUACACAUUCCAGAAGUUCUAAAGAUGGUCCGCAUAACCCGGUCCGCAACUGCGCGCCAGGCAGCAUUAGCCGCCUCUCAAGCGCAAUCUACCUUAUCCCAAGUCCCGAGCGUCCGCCAUUCCACGAACUCCCCCAGUCAAGAACGAAUCCGUUCCCAACGCCACAGUCCCCGCCAGAUCAAGACCGAAGAUGGCAUCCCGGAACCCGCUCCCAAGCGGCGCAAGAGGAACCACACCACACCUCCCCCGCAAAUCAAGGACCUCAACGACCUCCCUCACAACUUAGGCGCGGUGAUAUCCCCCACAACCCCAACCACCUCUCGCAUCAAGUCCGAAACCCCCGCCUCACCCAUCAAGAAGAAAGAAAAAGCGAUCAACAAUCUCGCCAAAGACCUCCAAACCACCGUCCACAAGGCCACGCCAUACAAUGAUGACCUCCCUCCGCCCGGCAAGAAAUCCCCCGCAAAAGCAGCGAAGGCGAAAGCGAAAGCGAACCAAUACGGCCUGACCCCUGGGGUAAGCCCCUUCCCCGACUGGCCGCACCCGACCCCGGACGAAUGCGAAGAAGUCGACCGGCUCCUGUCGUCGAUCCACGGCCAGAUUGCGGCGCCCGCGACCAUCCCGGAGCCCUCGCUGACCGUGACGGGGUGCGGCGAAGUGCCGUCCGUGCUGGACGCGCUGAUCCGGACGCUGCUGAGCGGGGCCACGACGGGGAACAACUCGGCCAUGGCGUUCAACGGGCUGGUGCAGCGGUUUGGGAUCCUGCGCGAGGGCAUCGGCAAGGGGAGCGUGGAUUGGGACGCGGUGCGGCGGGCGCCGGUCAAGGAGGUCUUCGAGGCGAUCAAGCGCGGCGGGCUGGCGGAUGUGAAGAGCAAGAAGAUCAAGGCGAUUCUCGAUAUGGUGUAUGCGGAGAAUAAGGCCCGCCGGGAUUUGUUGGUCGGUGGGGCAAAUGCCGGUGGGCAGGCGGCGGAGGAGGUGUUGGGCCAGUCGGAGGGCCACAAGAACUACGAGAUUGCGUGCGCGGACCAGAACUUCUUGAACCUGAACCAUCUGCAUACGCUGAGCACGGAGCAGGCGAUGACGGAGCUCGUCAAGUAUCCCGGCAUCGGGCCCAAGACGGCGGGCUGCGUGCUGCUGUUCUGCCUGCAGCGGCCCUGCUUCGCGGUCGACACGCAUAUCUUUCGCAUCUGCAAGUGGCUGGGCUGGGUGCCGCCGAGCAAGGUGACCGAGGUCACGGCGUUUGGUCAUCUGGAGGUGCGCAUCCCGGACCAUCUGAAGUAUUCGCUGCAUCAGCUGCUCAUCCGGCAUGGGAAGUCUUGUCCGCGAUGUCGGGCUAUCACGGGACAGUCGUCUGCUCGGUGGGAGGAGGGCUGUGUCAUCGACCAUCUAGUGAAGAGGACGGGGAAGAGAAAGGGAGGACUCUGAUAGAUGGGUCUGGAUCAUUGUCUGGGUGGUAAAUGGGUACUAUAGGGUUAUGUUGCAACCCCUCAUGUAGAUAUAUAUAUGCCCCGAUACUGCUCGUUGCUAGAGAUUAGUACCUCCGUUUUCUCGCUUGACGAAGAAUAACGCAUCUAGCUCUCUUGCUGGGUGACUCUUAUCAAUG